CUCUUUUGAAAUGGGUUGAACCUGGUGAUUAUGACAGACCCAGAUAAUAGUCUGACCGCCAUAGAUUGGCUUCCCAACCUCAGUAUAAGUAUGUUAACGGCCUCUAUUGAAAGUGAUUUUCCUUUCGAAAUGGACUUUUGGGAUUCAGUGAGUGUGGAUGAAAAUAAAACUGAAUCUGAUUGUGGGUCUACGCCCUACCAACCAGAUAGUAAACCACCUUAUAGCUAUGCAAGCCUAAUUACGUGUGCUAUACAAAGUACAUCUGAAAAGAAAAUGACACUGAGCGAAAUUUAUCAGUGGAUUUGUGAUAACUUUCCUUAUUAUUGUGAGGCUGGGAGUGGUUGGAAAAAUUCUAUCCGUCAUAAUUUGUCACUCAACAAGUCUUUCAUCAAGAUCCCUCGAUCCAGAGAUGAACCUGGAAAAGGGUCUUACUGGUGUCUGUCUAAUCAGUGUGAUGACCAGGAAUCCAUGCCUUCAGCACCCAAAAGACAGGCUGUCUGUCCUGAUCAAAGUUUGCCUUGUCUAUUACAAAUACAGAUGGUGUCAUCAGCUCAGAAUAACACUGCCAAUGAUAAUGAUAAGCAUAUUGACAAUUUUCAGUACACAAGUGACAGUCCGAACUUUGAAGUCCAGACUAUCGUGAACAAUAAGGCUAACCUGUCAAUUCAAAAGACUCGACGAAACAAUCGAAUGCGCCAAAUGAAUCCAGUGUAUUCUGAGUACAAUUUGGAGCAUAGACUAAUGAAUGAUAAUGGUAAUAUGACUACUUCUUCAACUACUCAUAAUAUUCCACAUAAUUUGAGUAAUACUAUGUCUGUUAACAUCCAUACAAAUGUCAGCCCCAUAAAUGCAAUGUCUACUCUGUGUAACAGACCGAAUGUUGCUUUUAAGCACGCCAGUAAUAAUCGUAGUAUAAUGUUGCAUACCAGCCAAACCAAUGCCUUAAGUCAGUCAAAUGAUUACGUAAUAGCCUGUAAUCCUCAUGUUAAUACAUUUUCAGUUGGUUCCAAUGCAUUGACCUUGUCCAGUACAGGUUUAUUCCCAGACCAUGGUAGUAUUGUUACUACCACUUCGACUGCUACUACUACUACUGCUACUGCUACUACUACUACUGCUACUACUACUACUACUGCUACUGCUACUACUACUACUACUACUGCUACUACUACUACUACUACUACUACUACUACUACUACUACUUCUGCUACUAAUAACAAUAGUGUCGAUGAUGAAAAUGCAGGUGAUAACAAUUGUCAAAAAGUUUCUGCCAUAUGCAGUGUUGGCAAUACUCUUGCACCUUCCUCUUCCUCCUCUACCGGUAUUGUUACCGAUGGAGACGGUGAGUAUGUCGGUUUAUCAAAUAAUACAGUGAAGAAAGUCAAUCAGCAAACUAAAGCUACAUACUAUCCAUCCAGUAAUCAAUUUAGCCUACAGAAGCCAACUAACAACUUAUCACUACUUCAACGAUCCCAUAGAAAACAGCAUAUUCCGGAACUCUCUAAAGAAUUGUUGCUUGAAUCAUUUGAUGUAUCAGUAACAAAUGGAUUGAGUACAACCGAUAGACAAUUAACUACUAAUACUCAUGCAAUCUUCAGUGACAAUGAUAAUCUUGAGAGAACCAAAAAUAAAACUAGCUCAAGUGAAAUGAUCACUUUUGUCAAUGAGAAUGAUCAUUGUGUUAGAUCACUGUUUUCUUCAAAAUCAUCAUUGUCUUCAUCAUCAUCAUCAUCUUCGUCAUCAACUAUUGUUGACUUUUAUAUGAUUCAGUCAGAUCAUUCAUCUAAUCUGCCACAAGAUAAUAAAGUGAUGACAGCACAGGUAGCUGAGGAAGAAGAUGAAUACGUAGAACAAGAAGAAGAUGAAGAAGAACAGUGUGAAAAUCAAUCAUUGAGAUCAAGUUUUUCCACGGGUGAAUUGGACUUAAGCGCAUCAUUUCGAUACUUAUAUCAUGCACUUUUUGACAGUUCUGAACUGUCACAUCCAGUUACAGAUAUGCAGAAUACAACAGUCUCAUCGUCGGAUAUCUCUAACCAGCCAACUUCUUCAUUAGGCAACAAACUAACUGCAACAUCAUUCAAAGAUAUAACAAUUGAUUCAAUUGGCAUAGCAAAUAAAGAGAAUAUUAUGAAUACGAAUUCACAUCUACUGAAUUCAUAUAAUCAAAUGUGGGAUUUAUCAACAGAUCAGAAUUUCAUAUCUUGUGCCGCUUCGUCUGCUUCUCCUCCGUUCUACUCGUCUUCCUCCACGUUAUACUCUUCUUCUUAUUCAUCGCCUCCAUCUACAUUCCGAUCGAUUUAUCUUCAUGACAGUCCUAACCAUUUCAAUAAAUCUUCAAAUGUAAUGAAAACAAACCAAUUAUUAAAUAACAAUGAUAAUUCAAUGAAUCUAAAUUAUGUACUACAAAGAACUUUACAAGCUGCUACAAACUUUGAUUGGACCAGCGUCAAUCUUGAUGAAUAUCCAGAGUUAAUAUCUAAAAUCCGUAAUGUUAGUCAAAAUCCUAAUAGUCUUACUAUGGAACAGUUAAUGGAGUUGAAUUUAAUACUUGACCAAGUGUUCAGUCAAAUUCAGCAGAAUAUAUCUGCUGUAGAUACUGUGAUUUCUUCUUCUUCUGUUUCGUGUUCUUCAUCCGUCGCUGCUGCCGCUGCCUCCUCCUUUUCUUGCACAACCAUCCCUUCAUCAUCAUUACCAUCUCAGUUUAUUCCCAAUAAUAAUUCAAUAAGAUUUCAAAUUUAUGAAAAAAACCAUAGAAAAAGGCAACAACAAAGUAUGUGUGUAACAGAAAUUCAAACAGAACCCAUGAGUUGUAGUUAUACUACAGAUGGUAUAGCUAGUACUACGACUGCUACUGCUGCUGCUUCCAACACAAAUCUUCAUUAUCACUUUAAACAUAAGCUGCAGGACAGUGGUGACAAUGCUGACAGUCUGCCGUUACAUAACCCACAGAAUAUACGGUUCACUUCUUCAUUGAAUGGGUCGAACUUUCAUGAGUCGGAUUGUCAUAAUAGUGUUGUCACAUCUGUUGGUUUAGCGUCGACAACUGAUAGUGCAAUUAACAAUGAUAAUGACAAUAAUAAAAACAUUACUCUUUUAUCUGACCUACAGGCUUAUGAACAUGUUUCAGAUGACCUUUUGCAUAAUUACAUUAACUGUAAAGAUUUUAGAGGUAGUGCUACUACUACUACUACUGCUGAUGAUGAUGCCGUCUCCGCAGCCAACGCCAACACCCCCGCUAGUAAUCAGUCAUCUAAUAAAGUAUCCUCAAAUGAUCACCAAAAUCUCAUAUGGACUUCAGUUAAAAUUGAAAACAACGAAAUAAACAUGCCUAAAACAUCUGUCUACUCUGAUAACUAUGCAGCUUACGACGAAUCACAUACUCCAUUUUCAAUUGCGAAUUGUCAUGAUAAUCGACGUCAUCACCAUCAUCAUCAUCAUCACUACGAUCAACAACACACGCUUUUCCAUUUAUCACAUCCUCAAGCAAAACAACAACAAUUGCAUACUAAUAAUGAUGAUAAUAAUAAUAGUAGUAUUGGCAGCAAUAAUACAAAUAAUUCAAAUGAAUUCACAGAUUCAACUAUCAACAAUAAUCCUGUAUCAUUUUAUUUCACGCCUGUGCAAUCAGAUAUCUUAGUCGACUCUUCUUUACAUAUAAGUGAAAAUAAUAAUUUCAUUUAUUCAGAAUUACUAAAUACAAAUAAUAAUAAUAAUAAUAAUAAUAUUAGUAAUAAUUGUAUGAAAUUAUUGUUGAAUACAAACGAGGAGACAACAAUUCCACAGAAUUUCGUUAAUCUAGUCACUGUUCUACCACAGUCAUCCACAAACUUGUCCGAACUUCAAAAUGACUCAUCAUCAAAUCGGUUUUUCCAGUCACAUGACCAAUUCAGUCAACAUAAUCCUCGUUAUCAUAUGUUGUUUAGUGAUAAUGAUGAUAAUGGUACUAGUACUACUUCUACUACUGCUACUAAUAGUACUCAUUCAAAGUUUAAGAUACACAUCAAUAACGAUGUUCACUCAGUCCUAGAGAGUCAUAAUCAUCAACAGCAUAGUGGAAAUUUUGGGCAUAAUAGUAAUGUGACUUCUGCGAUAUUGGAUGCGUUUCAUAUUCCCAGUAAUAAUAACAACUCACUGUUAUACUAUUCAAACAAAAAGAAUCUAUUGAACAUUGAACAAGGGACUUCAGCCAAUGAAAUGCAGCACUUUACGCCUAAUUCUAGGCAACACUGCACAACAGAUUAUAGAUUUCCUAUAACACAGAAUUUUAUGAAUAAUGACUCUAGUCAUUUAUCCUUAUGUACAACUGCCUCUGUCACUGCUACUACUGUCAAUACGCCUAUACUACCCACCUGUACUUCAUCACCUCCAUUCUCCUCUGAAUACACUGGCUCAUCAUUACUUAUGCAUAAUCAGAAUAGAUUGUUAAGCGAUUGAGAUAUUCAGGCUUGUGUCAACAGUCUAUCAUGAUGCCAGUCAGUCACAAAUGGAACAAUCUACUUCAAUCAAUAUCAUGAAUUCAUUUAAUCUUCACAAUACCACUAGAAAUACUAACAACUCAACUAUGAAUGCUGGCAAUGGACCUGAAGAUUUUAAUUGGGAUACAAUUGUUUAGAUGUUAGAUUUUCUGUUAGAUUACGCAUUAGUUGACUUUGACUAUUUUACACUUCUCAAUGUUGUUUUUAUGUAUGCAUAUGCUUAGUCCUUAAGCUGUUCUAUUCUGUUCUGUUAUUUUUUGUUUUUGGUUUAACUAACGGAGAUUAUCUAUCUCCUUCAAAAACUGUAUACACUGAUCAUACACAGGAUUCUUGAAGUAUCUUUGGCCAGUUCUUGUAUUUCGUUUAAUCUACAUAUCAGCGUCGUUUAUUCAUUAGUACUUUCAUUGUCUUCUAAGUCGAAACUCGCAUUUAAAUUAUAGUUUUUAAAAAUCCUCACUAAUAUUAUUUUUAACCUCCUUUUUUCUCCAUUUACUUUGCCUUUCCUGUCUUACUGUCACCAAGGCAUUUAUUAAUUAAUUUGAUGAUUUGAUUUUAAUUUUUCUCUUAUGAAGCUUCCUUGUCUUACAUAAAGAUGGAUAGAUAGUAGUUAUACUAUUAAUUAUUCCUCACGAUGUACCGACACACAGUGAGACAUUCCCACCUGUGUGUGUGUGUGUGGAUAGCUGUUGAGGACAAGAAAUAUCCAGUAUUUGCCUUUACUGACUGGUUGGUUGAGAAAACCCUAAACUUGCAUAUCUUAAUAUCGUUUAAUUUUGGCUCCUAUGUUUUUUGAGAUUAUUUUAUUCAUUUACAGAUUUCAGUAAAGAAUUGAUUUCCCUCCCUUUUUGUGUUUUUUUUGUUUAAUGAAUUUGUUUUCAAUUGUUUUUGCUUUCUGUUAAUUUUACACGCACACAUCGCAUCAUCACCAACCCAUGAACAGUAGCAUAUCAACUACCAAGCUGCCUUGUGUGUUCUCUUUUCGAGUCAUUUGGUGAAUAGCCUUUCUGAGAGGAAAAUAAAUAUGGAUAAUAGCGAUAAUACUAAUACUAAUAAUGAUUAUGACGGUGUUGAACUUUCCGUCUCACCUCUAGCUUCGAACGAGGCUAUCAAUUCAGAAAGUCUGCAGGUUAUUUUAACUAAACAGAAGUAAGCUACUUAUAAGUAGUUUAACCAACCAUAUACAUUUUUCUUGAAACAUUGACACACCCACGUUAUCUACAUAUCACACGAGGAGAACACAAUUCUUUGCUUGAGUGCUCAUUCCAAAUAAAAAUGAUGAGGCAAUAAGAAGAAGAUUUUUGAUCCUGUUACCUUCUUAUAACGUUUGAUUUUGAAUAAUACUACAUAUUUUCAUGGUAAUGUUUUCUUGUUCACUAAAACAUUUUUCAAUUGUUUUUUGAAGAAAAGAAAAAAAUUAUUUUAAUCGUAUCCUACCGCACAUAUCAAAAAGUUUGUCAUUUUUGUUCUGUACUUGGCCUAUUGGCUUCUUUUAAAGAUAAAAUAACUUGUUUUCAAGCGAUGAAGUCCAUUUUUCCCUUAUUGCACAAUAUUUUUAUCAUUGUAACUAAUAGUAGUAACUAAUAUUUACGUUGAUGAUUAACUGUUCCUUUUUCAAGCUGGAUAUGUUUUGUUUUCUUCAGAGCGCAUUUCUAUCUAAAUGAAGCAAUAUGAAUCCGUAGAUUUUUCUUUCUCUCUCUCUCUACACAAAAACAAACAAUAUAUGCUUGUAUAAAGUUUCUUUUUACUGCAAAUGAAAUGGUUUAAAUUGCUAAUUAUGAGAAUAAAUAAUCCCUUUUU